UCUCCCUGGAAAACUUCCCUUCGGUUUAUUUACUUGAAAAGGCUCCAGGCUUCGGCUUGGAAAAUUCAACCGCCAAAAUUGAGCCGAGCAGCUGGAGCGGCAGUGAGAGCCCUGCCGAAAACAUGGAAAGGAUGAGUGACUCUGCAGGUAAGCCCAUUGACAAUGAUGCAGAAGGGGUCUGGAGCCCCGACACUGAGCAGAGCUUUCAGGAAGCCUUGGCUAUCUAUCCACCAUGUGGGAGGAGGAAAAUCAUCUUAUCAGAUGAAGGCAAGAUGUAUGGUAGGAAUGAAUUGAUAGCCAGAUACAUCAGACUCAGGACCGGGAAGACGAGGACCAGAAAACAGGUGUCUAGUCACAUUCAGGUUCUUGCCAGAAGGAAAUCUUGUGAUUUUCAUUCCAAGCUAAAGGAUCAGACUGCGAAGGAUAAGGCCCUGCAGCACAUGGCCGCCAUGUCGUCAGCCCAGAUCGAAUCAGCCACUGCCAUUCACAGCCAGCUGGGGCUGCCAGGGAUUCCACGCCCCACCUUCCCAGGGGCGCCGGGGUUCUGGCCAGGAAUGAUACAGACAGGACAGCCUGGAUCCUCACAAGACGUCAAGCCCUUCGUGCAGCAGGCCUACCCCAUCCAGCCAGCGGUCACAGCCCCCAUUCCAGGGUUUGAGCCUGCGUCAGCCCCAGCUCCCUCGGUCCCGGCCUGGCAGGGCCGCUCCAUUGGCACAACCAAACUCCGCCUGGUGGAGUUCUCAGCUUUCCUCGAACGGCGGCGAGACCCAGACUGGUACAACAAACACCUCUUCGUGCACACUGGGCAUGCCAACCAUUAUUACAGUGACCCAUUGCUCUUAUCAGUGGACAUUCGUCAGAUUUAUGACAAAUUUCCUGAAAAGAAAGCUGGCUUAAAGGAAUUGUUUGGAAAGGGCCCUCAAAAUGCCUUCUUCCUCAUAAAAUUCUGGGCUGAUUUAAACUGCAGUAUUCAAGAUGAUGUCGGGGCUUUUUAUGGCGUGACCAGUCAGUAUGAGAGUUCUGAGAAUAUGACAGUCACCUGUUCCACCAAAGUUUGCUCCUUUGGGAAGCAAGCAGUAGAAAAAGUAGAGACGGAAUAUGCAAGGUUUGAGAAUGGCCGAUUUGUAUACCGAAUAAACCGGUCCCCGACGUGUGAAUAUAUGAUCAGUUUCAUCCACAAGCUCAAACACUUACCAGAGAAAUAUAUGAUGAACAGUGUUUUGGAAAACUUCACAAUUUUGUUGGUGGUAACAAACAGGGAUACACAAGAAACUCUCCUGUGCAUGGCCUGUGUAUUUGAAGUUUCAAAUAGUGAACAUGGAGCACAGCAUCAUAUUUACAGGCUUGUAAAGGACUAACCAUGGUUAUUUAUAAAUAUAGA